AUGUCUGCGCGUCUCGAGGACAAAGUUGCUGUUAUCACCGGCAGCUCAAAUGGGAUCGGGAGGGCCAUUGCGCUCAGAUAUGCUGCUGAGGGUGCCUAUGUUGUGUGCGCUGAUAUUGAUCCUGCGGCUAAAGGCGAUGACAACCAACCCACCCACGAAGCUAUCAAUGAGGCCUAUCCUGUCACUCCGGGCGGCAAGACCACAACCCGUGCUGUAUUCGUCAAAGCGGACGCCUCUGUUUCUGAUGAUGUAGAAAACCUGAUUGCGGGAAUCGUCAACAACGCUGGGAUAUCCCCCGCAGGCCACCAGCGGCCUGGAGACCGUAUCCACGAGACACCCGAGGAGUCCUGGGAUAGAGUCAUGGGGCUCAACGGGAAGGGGGUUUGGCUUGGAUGCAAAUUCGCCACGAAGCAGAUGCUCGCCCAAGACCCCCACUCAAGCGGUGAUAGGGGCUGGAUCAUCAACAUGGCCUCCAUCUACGGGAACGUUGGUGGGCCCAGCGCAAGCACAUACGCAGCAUCCAAGCACGCGGUAGUUGGAUGGGUAGAGACAAGCCUGAGCGAGACGUUCGCCGACGCGAACAGCGACAACCCGCGCAAAAGGGCAUUGCAUGCCCACCUGGUCUCCCAGCAUCCGUUCGAUUCGCGGUUAGGUAGAACAGAGGAUAUCACUGGUGCAGCUGUGUUUUUGGCAUCGAAGGACGCCUCCUGGGUGACGGGGACGACGUUGGCGGUUGACGGCGGCUAUGUAGCGCAUUGA